AUGCCAUCAUCGCUGACCAUCCAAAGCACCAAUAAUGGUUCAUUCACCUAUGGACAGUACAAAACGCACACCAACAUCAAUACGAGUAUACAAAACUGGCAACUACGCAACCUAAUCUCGUUUGCUGACAACCACACCAUCUUGCAUCCUUACCACGAAUCCUUGGCCUUUUACAAUCCUGCCCUCGGAACGGAAACAUCGCUACCGUUGCCAUUCGCACCCACUACUAUCGAUAGCAGUUGUGGCUAUGUUGCUGUGGGUGGACACAGAGGCAUGGCAAUGGUCAAAUCCCUCUCGAAUGUUGAAUGGUCGAGCACGUUGAAAGUGGGGAUGGGGAUGAAUAAUUGUAUCCAGCUUUCUGGUCAUCCUAACAAUGAAUGUCGGCUGACAAUUUGCAACAAUGAUCAAACCAUGAGCGUGUAUUCAAUACCAGAUCUGAGAAACCUGGUGACACUUGACCUGUCUUCAGCAGCGAUCAACCAAAUAUCCACGAGCCCCGAUGGAAGAGCCUUGCUCACUGUGAGUGAUGAUGGCUACGUGUCUCUUUUUAAUACACGCGAUUACACGAAAACAACGAGUUUCCAAGUGAGCGAGGGUGGGCCCGUGUUGUCGUGUGCCUGGAACGACAACAACAUGAUAGCCGUUGGUAGCCAUGAAGGCACGGUGCAUGUGUAUGACGUUCGUCAAUAUCAUCAUGCACUAGCCAAGAUUGGAUCAACAGAGGCAAGGAGUACUCGUAAUGCACCUCGUAGCAUCCGAUUUAGUCACGGCCCACUUGAUCUUUUAGUCUAUGCAGAGCAUGUAUCCAAUAUAAACAUUGUGGAUACACGAACAUUUGAAACUCGUCAAGUGGUUCGAUUAGGUCCGCAUGAUUGCGAUACCCAUAUUGCAGGCAUUGAGCUAUCUCCCGAUAAUCGAUCCAUCUAUGCAGGCCUAGAAACCGACAUGGUCCAGAUUGACAUCGAUACAGCCGUACGACGUCAGUUCCCCAAUGCACGCCUCUUUUAA